UAUAGGUACCACCUGCUGUGCUGGCAUUUACCCCCGAGUAACUGCCAGCACAGCGACUGAUGGGGGAGGUUGCCAUGUGGCAGGGGCAGGGAUUCGCUUCGCUACGAAUCGCAGAGUCAUGUAUACUGAAUACAUACUACUCUUACACGUUCCCGGUAGGCACGUGCACUAUAACAAUAUUUAACAGUUAUUAUUCGUACCGGACAGUACUGCCCUCGUACACCAGCGCUUUUCCCAAUCAUUAAAGACCACCUGCUGUCUUCUCUCGGUCUAGUGUUCCUCAGGAAUUUUUGUGCACACUUAUUAAUCAUGAGCAGUAUCAAUGUUAUUAUACACGGCAUAUAUGCACGCAGAUAGCACGCCGCCGCCAGACAACUGCCUGGCCCUUGAUCUAAUGCAGUUCGCAGUCAACCGUGCAUUCCUCCCUGGAUACACUAUGCACGCGUAACGGCGUUGCUACAGUGUUGGUUAACAAGCUGGCCGGCUGAUAACAAAAUAUUUCCCACCAGAGUAAUUGUCCGUGUAAAAAACGAAUUGCAGUGUUCUCAUGGCGCGUUAUCUUAAUUUCCUUAUAUGAGUCAGUGGAAAGCGGAUAACAACAGGCACAGAUAAUGGUCACCGCUAUCUCCAUUUGGUUAUGCUAUGACCGUCAGCCGCUGCGGUCUGAUUCCCAUGCUGUACAAUGUCCGCAUUUCUGCACCUGCUAUCCAUCCUUUUGGAAAUGCGGCGACAGUAAGGCAUCACUGUGGCCGUUGGACAAUCAACCGGAUGCGAUAAUUAGAGGCGUUCGCAUGCUGGAUUUAUCCGGAUCGGAUGUGGAUGUACUGCCUAAUCAGAGCCCUGCCCAUAAUUUUCCCGAUCUUCAGCUCAUUAUCCUGGCGCAGACGAUUUUCGACGGUCAGCAAUGCCGCGAACUGGAAUGCCUGGAGAGUUUGGGUAUCCGAGUCAUUGCUCCUCGUUGCCCUGCAGACAAACGCACCGGAUGUGCGUAUCCGCCAUGCUGCCCGUGGGCUGCAGCAGCACGGACCCGUCCACGUCCACCGCCAUCACCCACUACCGACAAGUCUCAAUCUCCACUGCUACCAUUCAUCAACGGAGAAACCUCAACCAUUUUCAACCCUUCGCGGGAUCGGGAAUACAGCACACGGGCUAUGGCACCAUCAACAGUCGGUACGAAUAAUCUAAGCGGUAAGAGUGAUGAUGGGGAGCGUGUUGUUAUUGGCGUGGAGAACACAACUACUUCUAUUGCUACAAUUUUCCCCGGUACGCUAUUAUCGCUGCCAGCCGUUUUAACAACAUAUGCGAGUUCAAGAAAACCGUCUGGUCAUGCGAUUGCAAGUACGAGUACAUUACUUCCGCUGACUACAUCAGGUGAUUAUUACCUGCGCAAAGUGGUGGUGGUGGGCGGGUUAAGUACAGCCGGCAAAACUACUACACAGCUACCGCCGACUACGCCAAAGACAUCAACGACAGCAGCAACAACAACGACGCCGUCCGCUGUUGUAACAACGCCCACGCGCGCGCCCGCCCAGCUAGAAUUUAAUUUGAUGUCGAUAUUAACCGCAACCACUGUCAUCGCUGAUAAAGUGUUCCCAACGUCAUUCCCUGUCGAAAUAGUUAUGCAUCGUGAAAGUUAUUACAAGAACAGGGAUCAGAGUAGCGAUAAGGUAGCUGUAUCAAACCAGCCCGAUAUGAUGAUGACACCUUCCCCUUCAUCUCAGCCGUCGGUAAUUAUCGAUAUGACGGCGCUAGAAGCGGAUAUUAGCGGUGAAAGAACGAGCACGGCGGACACCAUUCGUAUCACGAGUGAUCCGACCUCCACGAUCAGGUCAACCGCUGCUGUAACGAUACCGACCGAAGCAACCUUGUCAAGCAUAACUCCACCCACGGUUACAGACGCUGCUGACCCUUCCACCUACGUCCCGAAUAUUGCGACUACCUCACAGCCAAUUCUCGCAACACACCCACUUAUCAACACAGCAGCUGAUAUGGGUAUAUUGCCACCGCUGCUGCUGGCUUCGCAUCCGGGCGAAAACAUUAGUGCGGCUGUAUCCAAAAGUAACGACACAGAAUUAUUUGUAUUAAAUAGCAGUAGUAAUGCGGAUGUCGGUCAGUCGGAACGUUUUGAAUUGUCGUCCUUAUCUGCUGGCAAGGAUAGUGAUGAUGAUGAUGAUGACGAACCUCUGACGACUGUUGUUGGAUUACUGUUGUCCCCAACGACGACACCAGCCACGCUGGCGCUGCCGGACGCUACAGAUCGCAUUGUUCCUUGUGCCAACAUAUCAUGCCCUCCGUGUUUGCUUGUAGGUAGUAGUGACGGUAGUGCUGAAGUUCGUAUGGGAUUGCUGGCAGAUCGGUUUACUGCAGCUAGUAUUGCCGUAGCCAGUGUCAUUCUUCUCCUGGUAGUCAUCUUGUGCAUCUUGUGGAAGCGUGGUUAUCGUGUUAUUCGCGGCGGCGGCGGCGGAGGCGCCGGCAGUAAUCAGCAAGAUGACGGUGGCGAUGAGGACAACGACCGCAGUCGCGGUCGCCGCAGUGCUUCGGUGUGGUCUUGGAUGAGAGGAGUCUUUAAUAACAACAGGGAUAACAGCAGCAGUGGCGGCACUAACGAUGAUGUCAAUCGGCGGGGCAUGGGCCUGGGCAGACAAAUUCCAGGUGGGUACGAUGGGCGUCGGGGUGAUGGUCGUGGUGGAGUAUCAACGAAUCCUAUCUUCAAUCCAGGCCGUCAGCAGCACCAUGGCUUCUCUCCAGUAGCUAACCGGGAUUCCAGGACACCGACUCGCCACAUGCCGUCCCCGCGCCCUGCCGACUAUAAUCCCGUGCUUGAUGAUAGAGUGAUGAACUGUUUCAACGACGACAGCGAUCACGACCACGACUACGGCAACAACGAUAACAACCGCCGUGACCGCCAGCAGCAAGUUGCGGGAAAUAAUAAUGCGCGACUUUUGGCAGAGUACCGUGCGGACGAUAGGGAAUCUCCCGUGUACAGUUCUCCACGCUCUGAUGUGUCACGAGUCAUUGUUUCUGCGGAAGUGCACGGACGCAACAACGCCGAUCAAGAGCAGGACGAACAGGGCGAACACAUGUACGAAAACGUUCCACUACCGGCACUACCACUACAACCAUCCUCUCCUAAUCGCUCUGUGAGUAUUGGCAGCGCAGACGAACUUAUGAGCGGAAACUCGUCCGCUCCUCCACCAAUUUCUCCACAUCACAAUGUCCGAAGCAGCAGCAUGAGUCGGCUGGAGGAAGUUCCGGAAAGGGAGGAAGAAGAGGAUGAUGAUGACCAGCACCGAGUACAGGCCCAUGAUGAAGAGCACGGGGACAAUUUGGUUCUGGAGCGGGAGAGUAGCGAGCAUGAUGGCGGCGGCAGCGGUGGACAGGAAACGGAUGCGCAACUUCCUGAUGCGAUGGUGGCAAAUGGGCACCUGGGAGUACUGCGUGGUCGCGGUCGCGGUCGUCCUCUUGGCGGCGGCGGUCAUGGUCGUGGUUCUCGCGGUGGAUUUCAGGCGAAUGCAAUUUGGAAUCGACGCGACGGAAGUGGGAACCGUCUGGAACGUCGCUGAAGUUUAAAUGUACAUAUUUGUUUGUAUGAGCUUUUUGUAUAUAGUUUUAGCGCCGAUUUUGCUCAUCGAUUUCAUUUCUUUUGUCCUAAAUACAUAAAAUAUACAUAGUUUUACUUUGAAAAUGUCAUGGUUACAAAUUUUUCCCUAUGAGCGUUUCAACUACUAACGAUUUGCUUAUCUAGCAAACUAAUUUGACUUUUAUUAUUAUACAACCUGCAUCUGACGUGCAUCGGCAAUUUGGAAUUUUGUUGAAUUUUUGGAACAACAUUAUAAUGUUUA